UUAUCAGCAGCUGCUCUGAAGAUAUGGCAAAAAGAUCGACGUCGAGGAAAUAAAUUUAUCUAAAAUAUGUUAAUCUAUUAAAAGAGUUGUAACGUAUUUUUCAAAACUUUAACAAACCAUGUUCAUGGAGGUUCUUUUACGCGUUUUUUUGGCGAUCAUAAAUAUAGAGCUGGAACAUGUUGAACCUUUUACAAGAAAAAUCCAUGAAAAUGAAUUAUGGUUAUACAAAAAUCCUCGAGUCGAUUCUUAUGUUACUCCUACAGUUUUAUGGGGAGUUAUUGUUAUUGUUCCAUUAGUGGUUAUUAUAUUAACAUUAUUAUUUCAAAAAGAAAAAGGUGAUUUUUCUCAAGCAAUAUUAUCAUUUACAUUAUCUUUAGGCUUCACUGGGGUAUUGACUAAUAUUUUAAAAGUAAUUGUGGGAAGACCAAGACCAGAUUUCUUUUAUAGAUGCUUUCCAGAUGGGCAAGUCAAUUUUGAAUUUGAAUGUACCGGCGAUCCAAUCAUUAUAAGAGAUGGGAAAAAAUCAUUUCCAAGUGGACACUCUUCAUUGGCAUUUUCUAGUUUUGGUUUUGUGGCAUUAUACUUAGCUGGUAAACUUCAUACCUUUAGUUGGAAUGGGAAAGGACAGUCAUGGAAAUUAUUUUUAUUUGUGCUUCCACUCGGAGCAGCACUUGUGAUAGCUGUAAGUCGUACUUGCGACUAUCAUCAUCAUUGGCAAGAUGUAAUAAUUGGUUCUAUUAUGGGAUUUAUUUUAACGUUUUUAUGUUAUCGACACUACUAUCCACCUCUGGAUUCAUUAGUAUGUCAUAAACCUUAUAUAUCACUUAUUAAUCAUAGUGAAUCAAAAGAACUGAAGACUACAAGGAUAGAAUUAAGCAAAUGGACAUAGUAAUUUCUUGUUUUGCAUCAAAAUAAUUGGUGUUUUUGUACAUAAAUGUUAUUAUUUUAUACGAAUUUAUUAUUUAAAGCACA